UCGUCCGGCUCAGAGGUGCCAGCAGGUAGCUCCUUGUUGCCAAGUAGAGGAGACCAUGAGGCGCGCAGGGAGCCUUCUUCUCCUGCUGCUUCUGCUCUCCCUGUCUGCCUCCACCGCCGAAGCACACAACAAGGAGAGCUCGGGCGACAACGCGGUGCCCUUGACCGGCCGGAGAUGGCACCUGAGAGGACGGAGGGCAAUGGCGGCCCGAGGGCAUGGAGCAGCGGGGAGGGAUGAGGCCGUGGGCGCCAGCAACACAGGAGCAAGUCAAGAAGCAGAUCAGGCGUCUGCUGAAUUUGUACAUGAUGAGGGUAAACGGAGCAAGAGGCCAGCUGCUCGGCCCAUGCUUCAGGGAGCAAGCGGCCAUCGACAUCGUCACCACGGCGGCGACGCGGCCGCCAUGGCGUCCGACGUGCUGAGGAUGGACUACUCCGUCUCCGUGGACGUCCACAGCCGGCGGCCCAUCAACAACGACGCUCCGUUGGAUGAGCUCAUGGAGAAGAGGCCCUAGCUAGCUGCCGGUCCACACAAGAGAGAAGAUGCGGCUCCUAACGACAUAGAUACAGAUAGCGUUAGGCUAGCUAGCACAUGGUUAGCUUGGCUAGGUAGGGAGGGACCCUCCGGGCCGCACGUGGAGCCCAUUUCUGAACCUCGACCGAUCAAUGGAACUGAUCGAUCGAGGUGAGUUGGAUGGGCAGUUUUGGUUGCGCCGUGCUUGGAGGGGUAGUGGCGCCUGUAAUCCGUCUGUCAGCAGCUUCAUCUCUGAAGCUGCAGAAAACAGAGCUCAUGAU